AAAACCAACCCUCAUUUUCCCCGCCACUUUUUUCUUUUAAAAAUUUACGGAAUUUUCAAAUCACUCAACUCUGAAGAGUUAUUAAAGCCACCUUCCUCUCCUUUUAGGCGAUCUUCUCUUUCAUCUUCGGGAGGAGGAGGAAAACAAUCUCAUAGUAAUCAUUCAAUUCCUUCCUCCGGAUCAUCUGCUGGUUUAGAAUACAAUAAUCAUAAUACCGACACCUCAUCAUUAACCCUUUGCACUAGUAAUCAUUGUAAUUGUACUAAUUGCAGUAAUUGUACAAAUAAUAGUUGUAAUAAUACAUCAUCACAUCACCAACACUUGAAAGAAAUGAAAAAGUUGAAAGCCUUUUCUUCCUCAUUUACUCCAUUAAGUACGGCGAGUAAUAGUGGUGGUGGAAGUCAUGGUAUUGAUCCUUCUUCUACAAUGGUCAUGUCCAAUGGUGGUGCUGGUCAACCUCCUCCUCUGCUUCAAACAUCAAAUAAUAAUGAACACUAUGUAGAUCCUCGUACAGCUUAUGAUGGUGCUGCCAUGUUGGAACAUUUGAAUAGUAUUGUAAAGAAUGUUCAUGAUUGCAUGAUGGUGAGAGUUAUUGGAGCUACUGAUCUCGUGCCAAAAGAUAAGAAUGGAUUUUCAGAUCCUUAUUCAAUUGUGACCUUUACGAAUACGGAUCCUAAUGGAAUUCAGGAGAAUUGGCUCACUGCAAAGACUGCAACGAAGAAAAAGACACUCAAUCCUAGUUGGAAUGAAACAUUUCAAAUUAAUUUGACAGAGUGUGUUAUGAAAAGUAUUGCUGCCAUGUCAGCUCCUAGCUCACCAAAUAGCAAAAUUCCAACAUCACCAGGUGGUGGAAUGAUGAUGCCAUUCUCAAUUCCAAAUGAUUUGAAUCCACUCUCAACUUCUACAUUUAAUUUCAAAAUAAUGGAUUAUGACAUGUUUUCGAGUGAUGAGAAUGAAGGAGACGUUUCUCUCAAAUUGACUAGUAUUCCAAACAUUUAUGAUCUUCCAGUCAAUCUAGUACUAGAAAACACAGAAAAGGGAUCCCUUUCAGUUGCAUUCAAAAUGAAGUGUGCACCCAGAUUCUCCAUCAAUGAAUUAAAACUCUCAAAACCAAUCAAGAAGGGAGAUUUUGUUAAAAGUUCUAGAUAUUCAUGGUUGAUUGGUACAGUGAACUAUCCACUCAGUCCUUGGGAAAUGGGCCCAGAAUUGAACAAGAAUUGGGAGAAGGCGCAAGAAGAGUUGAUGGAAUUGUUGGAGAAUUCAGAUGCUCUUGAACCUCCACCGGUAGAAAAGAGAAGAUCUCGUCGUUUCUCCCUCAAGAGAAACUCGAAAAAUCUCAGUAGCAAGAUGGGUGCUCUCUUUGCCAAUGAGUGUCUUCCAAGAUGGAGAGAGGAACGACAGGUCAAUAAUGCCAUCUAUUGCCUCGCGACAGAUGUGGAACAUUGUUUCCAACAUAAUCCUGCUGUGGUCGAUAGAGUUUUUGUCAUGUUAUUGGUUGGAUGUAAUAGUCAAAAUGAUCCAUUCGAAGAUAUUCAAAAAGGAUUGGAAAACGAGCUCCAUAUUAGUAAUGCCACAUUCAAGGAUAAGGGAACCACUAAUGAGGUUAAAUCUCUCAUCAAGAAGGAAGAUGCAAACAGUAGACGAACAUUCCACAUUAUUUCAUUCAAAGCAGAUUUUGAUGUCACAGAGCAGGUUAACAGGUUAGAAGCCAAAUAUCCAAGAUAUUUGCACUCUCAAUUUCCAGUUAAAUUGGGUGUAGAAGGCAAAAUCUAUUCUCUCGAUAUUGGUUGUAAUGCCAAGCUACUGUACGUUUACGUUUCAAAUUGCGGAAAACCAAAUCUGACACCAUUCGUUGAAUUGGUGGCCAACUCGGUGCCUUCCUCUUCAGCAACCUUAUUCGAAUCUCUGUUUUUGGAUAUUGAUGAAACAUUAUGGAUAAAGUGUCCUUAUGGAUGGGAAUAUAAGGAAGAGGAAGUCAAACCAAAUGCCAAACUAGAUUCACCCAUGCAAUUGAGAGCUCACAAAGAAGGAAAGACCCUAUCUAUCGAUAAUUUCUUAAUGAAAAAGCUCAAAAUAGAAACAGUUAAUCCACCAGAUGAAAGUGCUCUAUUGAAUCUUGCAAGCCAACAAUUAUCACUCCUCUCCGAGCAACACAACAAUUUCCUUCAAAUAUCAGCUCCAGAAAAGAAGAGAUUUGUCAGCUCUAACAAGAGGGAAAUCUUUGUCUAUCUAUCAGAAUGUGAAUAUGAAUUGAAAAAUCCUCCAGAACUCACACCUGAAAGUAUGAAAAAGAUUACACAUAUCGAGGCACUUGUAAAUACUACAGGAAAUCAUGUUUGGUCGCUCACAUAUUCUUCCAAUUUAGGUGGUGGAUACAAACAAUUAUUCCAAACUAUUCUCUCUGAAAUUAAAACAGCAGAAGAUUAAUAAUACUAUUAAAAAUAAAUUACUAGGUAUAUAUUCCUAAUUAUAC